AUGAAGGAACUCAAGGGGUCGAAGGAGUUAAAGGACCUUAAUGAAUUAAAACAGCUGAAUGAAUCAAAUGUGCUAAAGGAGCUGAAGGAGCCGAAAGAAAUGAAACAGUCCACAAUUUCAAAAGAGUCUCCUACGAUUUCAUACAUCAGAAAUGUUAUAACAAUUAUUGUAAUCGGAUCGAUUUUAUCAUUAGGGUACCCUUUGUUUUUGCUUACAACAAACAUUUAUCGUGCAGAUUUACCUAUCGAUCGAAUCAACAAUUAUGAUGUUAAUUCGGUAAAUUUUCAAAUUCCCAUUGAAGUCAAUGGCUUUCAGGUUAACAAAGAAUACCUACGAGCAGAGUUGAACAAAUGGUACCCCGAUGUUGCCAGGACGUGGUCAUUAGUUUUUCCUGACGAGAAAGAAUAUAACGAUGCAAAACACAAUGACGACAACAGUGUCAAUAUGUACAGCGUCGAGCUUCAUGAAACUUCUAGUGAAAAACAUUUCAAAAUUAAUAAACGUAAAAUUGACGUAUAUUUUUCCACAGCAGAAUCAAAUACUAACCAAUACUUGCUGGAAAUAUUAUUCAAAAAUGUGUUUAAAAGUGAGUUAGAGACUCUAUCAGCUCUUGUGCAAGACAAAGUCGAUUCUAGUGUUGCAUUCCCUUAUAGCAAACAGUACAAUUUGAUGUUUUCAUUAUUCGUCGAAGACGGCAAGCAGCUCAAUUGGGAGAUUGAAGAAGCGCUAUUGGAUUUUCAACCAGUGUUGAAUUUGCUUCAUAAUAUUACUUCAUUCAAAACGAGUACACAAAUUCAAUACUAUUCGCUGCUUUCCAAAUCCUAUCCUAUGGGAAUGAUUCCACAAGAUGAAUUGUCAACAUUUAUCAAUUUUGGAGAUUGGAAUUUGGGCAAUUUCGACAUGAAUCCAACGAUAAAUUUCAUCGUCUAUGUUCCAAAGGAGCAACUUGGUGUUGAAAACUCUGCUACCAACUCAUUCCUUAUUUCCAAAUGGGGUGGUGUACAAAUUUUGAACCGCAUGCCUGGGAUGGCGCAUUCAACGAUAUCGAAACUUGAGUUGACGCCCAUCUUGAACAUCUUUGCCAACCAGUUAUUCCAACUUCUCAACAUAGACCAGUACAAUAGUAAGGUAUCGCACAAUCAAAAUAUGUCUCUUGAAAUUAAGCUUGAUUCGCUAAAGAGAAUCACGAUAUACAAAAAUAUCAAAAACUCAUUGGCAAACCUUAGGUCAUUGGUCAAACUCCUGGAGUCGUUGAAGGAUAUAACCGUUCCUGAAGAGACAAAACAAAAUGUUUUGAAAUCACUUGAUGCGAUGGAUGAGGCUAAACGUAAGAAAUCAGUACUCGUUUCCGCAAAUGCAUUGGAUGCUUCAAAUGCAGCAUUCUUUGAAAAGAAAAUGGUACAACAAGCGUAUUUUCCAAGUGAACAUAAAAUGGCCGUGUUUUUGCCACUAUUGGGCCCUAUCGGUUCAAUUAUUAUAUUCAAUAUCUUACGAUUGGCAAAGAAGAGGAAACUAUGA